GGCAACAGGAAGAGUCCUGUCGUGGGAGGAAUCAGCAUGUUUUUCCUCUCAUGUUGUCUUUUAUUUGUCGUUUCAUGCACGCUUGCAGGCCUAUAGCAUGCCCCGCUUGUGUGCGGGCUGUGCCACACGAUCUGAUUUAAAUUAGGAAACGGCAAUGGAUUAGGGCGGCUAAUGAUGCUUGACAUGUUUUUUAAGCCAAUUUAACGUGUUACUUUGUGUAUUGGGCUAAACCCCAGGCUUGUGUAAGGUUGCACUUGUGAUGCGUCACGAUGAUCCCUCACCUCAGAUGGGAGUCUGUUUUAAUGCACAGAGACUGCUCACACAGCAUGGUCGCUCAGUAAGCUGUGUUUUGUUUGCUCAUUCUGCAAGAUAAUUGUGAUUUAUUUAUGUGCACUUUCUUCAUAGAGGAUGUUUUGUAGGGAUUCACAACAUGGUGUAAGAUCACAUGGCAUUGAUCGUGCACACACACUGUUUGUUAGCCACAUAGCAUGGUCAUUCAGCUUCUCCAGUCAGUUCAGUGGUGCCCCUGAGCCAGUGCAGGAUCUGAACAGCUGCAGCUGUCUAUUUUAAGAAGCGUGUGUUUUACUAGGCCACCAGAGUAAAGGGUGACAAUUAUCAGUCACUUCCUAGGUUGUCAGACAUGUCCGUGUUGCAGAGAUUCUGGUAUUAAUUCAUGUAAUCAGAAGGACAAAUUGUUUUUUGUCCUGCAAGAUGAAAUUUUUUUCUGCUUGACUGCUGCACAAGAUUUUUGUCUUAUACAGAUGGAGCAAGGAUGGAGAUUUUAACAGAAACAGUCAGGAUCUGUGCGCUUCUUGGAAUUUGGCAGAAUGCACUGUGUCAAAAAUCUGCUCCAAAACCUUGCCAUGAUAUUAUUUUUUUAUUUUUUUCUGAUAAUCACCACGGGUUACCAUGGCAAUUGUCAAGAUCCCCUAUAAGCUAUCAAAGCCUGCAAGGCCAUUUGGACUUUCUUUUUUUUCCCUCGCAGAGAUCGUUCAUUCAUUGUGACUCAUGCUUGCUCACUUUCAGUUGCCCUUCCUUUUUGAGUCUGCAGCCACAGUUCAAAGGCCAUGGCUUCCCUCUUUUAAGAUCAGAUGAGUCACACGGUUGUAAACAGAGGUUUCUAUCACAUUUAACUUGCUGUCUGUUCUGUAGUUUGGCGGGAAAGGGGGCUUCUGUUACAGGGUGUUGCCCAUGAAUGAGAAAAACACGCGGACUUCUUCAGAUCUGCUCACCCCAGGCCGACGACCUCUGAGUGGGUCACAAAGCACUUCAGAGGGGAAGAGAAGAUUAUCUUGGUUGACCUUACGACUGCUGACUCAGAUGUCAAUGUAGUUCUGCAGCUUUGUUUUUUUUGGAUUGAUAUAUUCAAGUGAUCCAGUGGAAAAUUAACAUCUGGUUUGGUUGAAAACAUUCACCUGGCUCGGCUUCUUCAUGCCCGUCAUGAGUGUACCAGCUCAGCAGAAACCAAGCGCCAAAAGAACAGGCAAACGCAUCACGUUUUUCAACGAACAAAGCAUAGCAAUGAAGGAGACGUCUCAACACCCCGAGGGGUCCUACUAUGUCCCUGGCGGCACUGCCUCAGACCCCGGACAGAGCGAAGCUGCAAGUACUGUGACUUCCAAUCCAGAGGCCCCUCACAUGUACCUGAACUCUGUUAUUUUCAGCCCGGAUAAGGGUGACCAGAGCAGGGGUCAUUAUCAGCAGACCGUGCCUAUGAAAUGGGCCCACCAGGAGCCCAAUCAGCAGCAGCCAUCUCUGGCCCAGCAGCAAAGAGCUGCCUCCUGGAAUACCAUGCCUAACUGGGGACAAAACUUUGCCAAUUACAUCGGAGGUGUUAAUGUAACAGACUCAAGGACACAGAAUGCAUUCGUGAAGUCGAUGCAUGAGACUUCUGGCUUACAGCCACAUCAACAGCCCCCUAACAGAGCUGCAGAUAAGCCAAACCCUGCAGCAGAAGCAUACAGGGAUGCUGUUAAGGCUCGGGGACUGGAUUGGGAGCAGCAGCAGUCCCAGGCCUUUCAGGAGACUUUGAAACCCGGGGCACUAAACACCCAACAGCACAGCACAUCUCACCCAGGUGGGAGUUCAGUGUUGCAGCCCUUCCAGUUGGCCUUCGGUCAGCCCAAGCAGCACCUGCCGGCAUACUACCAGACCUUUCAAGGCAACAGGACGACCCUACCUAACCCACCUAACUACUCAACACAAGCCAAACCACCACACCAGUUGCAGCAGCUGCAGAAGCAAGAGCAAAUCCAACGUCAGCAGCAGCAGCAACAUCACAUAAUCCAGCAGCAAAUUCAGCAGCAGCACCAACAACAAAUGCAGCAGCAACAGAUCAUUCAGCAUCAACAGCAUGUACAGCAGCAGCUUCAACAGCAGCAACAAAUACAGCACGAGCAGCAGCAACAAAAGAUACAGCAACAACAGCAGCAGCAGCAGCAACAGCUCCAAAUUCAGCAGCAAAUGCAACAUCAGCAGUUGCAACAACAAAACCCUCAUGUGCUUGACUAUUACCCGGGUGCACAAAAUGCACACCCUCACCCGCAUCCACAGCCUGCGGUGGUACACUCCCAGGAGCCCUCUGCUCCAGCUCCCCCAAAGAUCCAGGAACCAAUUAUCCAGGACAUCACCCCAGAACCCCAGCAGCCUUCAGAUCCGCUGCCGCCCAUCCUCCAGCCCGAGACCCUGUCCCAGUCACAACUGCAGACACAAUCCCAGACGCAGCUUCGCAGGUCACGGCGGCUCUCGAAGGAAGGCGGGGCGCCGUCAGACAACCCUUUUCUCUCCGCCUCUUCGGAUCAGGCAGCCCCGGGGCCGCAGGGCUCCCAGAACGGGGCCCGCGACAUCCAGGCAGCACCGACAGGCGUCAUCCAGAGCACACGGAGGAAACGCAGGGUGUCCCAGGAGGUCAACCUGGAGACCCUUGCUCAGAAGGCCUCGGAAAUGGAGUCUCUACCCUCACAAGUUCUAAAGGAGCCCCACCGGCCGUGGAGUCCCACUGAAACAGGCGGUCUGAGCACCAAGCGGCCCAGAGACGACAGCCUCCUCCCACUCGUCAUCCCCGUGUCUGUUCCAGUGCGAAGGCAGGAAGCCUCCUCUCCCGACAGAGAUGAAGCAGCCCUGGCCUCCAACUGGCCCCCCAGGCCUUCAAACCCCCAGGACCCCAACCGUCCCGACCACAAGCCCUCGGUCAUCGUCACCCGGAGACGAUCUCUCAGGAACUCCUUGUCAGAGAGCUCAGAGCAGAAUGGAAGAACAGAAGGGGAGAAAGACGAUGACGGCAAAAAGUCUAAACGGCGCCCCCGGCCCGAGCCCCUUUUCAUCCCACCGCCUAAACCUGGUUUAUUCAUCGUCCCUCCUGUCUACUCCAGCAUCACACCCUACCAGAGCCACCUGCGUUCCCCCGUCCGCCUCGCCGAAAACCCCCUCACCAUUCCCCCUUACACGCCUCCGCCAAUCCUCAGCCCCGUCCGCGAGGGCUCCGGCCUCUACUUCUCCACUUUCCUUUCCUCUGCUGCAGCCAGCGGGACGGCCCUGCCGCCUCCUGCCACGCCCAAGUCAGCAACACGCAGCCUGUUGCGCUCCAACAGCUGCGACAUCACACCACCGGUUCUGUCUUCUAUGAACGAGGCCACUCCAGUCAGCAUAGAGCCACGGAUAAAUAUUGGAUCACGGUACCAGGCCGAGGUGCCAGAGCUGAGGCAGCGGUCAGCUGUCGAGCUGGAUCAUCAUCGAGCGGAGCUGGUCUGGGCUCCGCUGAAUGAACUGGAGGAAAAACCUGACUUCCAGCAGAAAGUGGAAGACCUUAUGCACCUCGCCUGCUCCAGCGUUUUGUGUGGUGGAGGCACCAACCAGGAGUUAGCCCACCAUUGUCUGUACGAGUGCAAAGGGGACAUAAUGGCCGCUCUGUCGCUGCUUAUGCUGAGGAAUCCAGUUUUCAACAAGUCUCAUCAUCUGGCCAACUACCACUACUCAGGAUCAGACAGCUGGACCACAGCUGAGAGACGCCAGUUCAACAAAGGCAUCACCACGUUCAAGAAGGACUUCUUCAUGGUGCAGAAACAGGUGACCACAAAGUCGGUGGCGCAGUGUGUGGAGUUUUACUACACGUACAAGAAACACGUCAAGAUCGGCCGCAACGGGUUGCUGAUCUACGGCGAGCUGGAGCCUCUGGAGGGCAAGAACGCCGAGGAGGAGACGGAACAGAAGCAGGGAUCUCACAGACUGGAGCCUCAGAGGGAGGAGGACAGCAGGAAGUGGGAAGGGUCAGCUGACAGGAAACAGGAUGCCGGCCCCACCAGAGUGACACACACGCUGCCGCCCGCUGAGAAUCCGGGAACCGUCCUGAUCAUGAAGGGCCAGGAGGACGCGGGGACGAGGGAGCAGCCGCUGGCCUGGGUCACCCACCCCCCUCAGCCGCCCCCUCCCGCCUCCAAACCCCGCUACGAGAGCAACGCGCGCAAGACGAGCCCUUCGACGGGCAACAAAGGCUCAGCCGGUCCGGAGGGAGAGUUCCCCUGCAAGAAAUGUGGCAGGAUUUUCUACAAGGUGAAGAGCCGCAGCGCCCACAUGAAGAGCCACGCCGAGCAGGAGAAGAAGGCGGCGGCUCUGCGGCAGAAAGAGGCGGAGGAACGAGCGGCCGCAAAAGCCGCAGCCGAGGCGGCCGCCGUCCUCGCCGCGCGACAGCAGAACGGGACGCGGCAGAUGGGCGGAGACAGCACCAACGACGACACGUCAGACGCGGAGGACGAGGACGACGAGGACUGGCAGUGAGACAGAAGGGCGGCACACACACACUGACUGCACGUCGCAGCGUGGCUUCACUCUCUGGGACGGGGGGAGAGAUUUAAUUAUUUUUAAAAAUAAGAAUCUCUCCUUUUGUGUAUAUUUUGUGGAACAAGAAGACUUCCGUUGCUUGGCACAUUCAGGGAUGGAUUUACUCCCGUGUAUGUGUUUGUGAAUGUGUGGAUUGAGUGUGUGUGUGUGUGUGUGUGUGUGUGUGUGUGUGUGUGAGUAAUGAUGAGUGUGAAUGUGCUUUUUCUUCAAAUCGCCCCCUUUACUCUGCUUGAAAAGCUUUUCAAGAGUUACCUCUCUUGGUCACAGGGCUCGGUCAAAUCAAAGCCAUGCCGCAUCUCUCGGCGCUCUCCUGCUUCAACGCCAGGGCGCGGCCUUCCUCAGCACUUCGAGUCUCGCCCCGCUUUUCUCUCCGCUGGCGAGGAACUUGUUGGACCUUUUUCUUUUUUUCUGUUUUGUUUUCUCUUGAUGAGCCAUGCACGCGCUUGCUUUCGGCGAUGUGAAGACUGAACCCUGACAGCCGGGGCUGUGUGGAGAGGCGAGGGUCGAGCUGUUGGUUUCUCUUCUGAGACGGACAAAUAGACAGAUAGAUGGAUGGACGGACGGAUGGAUGGAUGGAUGGAUGGCAUGUGCAAACUGUUGCCUUUUGUUUUUCGCCGCUCUUCUGCACUCAAGGCUGCCAAAAGCUUUCUCAGACGCAUGAUGUGCACCAGAUGGGUUCUCCUCUCGUUCAUUUGGGCUUCAGUUCUGUGAAUCCCCCCCGCCCGCCCCCCCUUCAGCCCCCCGUCGUCACUUUUUUAUAGUUCCCCCGUUUGUUCCUCACUGUUGAUGCCUUGGAUGUUUUGAUGCUUUUUAUCUUGAAAUGACAAUCAAUUUUACACUGUUGUUGUUGUUUUUUUUUAUAUAUAUAUGAAUAUAUACAGGUAAACGUUACUUUUUUCUGCCUGUGUCGCUAUAUAUGGUUAUUGUUGUUGUUUUUGUGAAUAUUCUUGUUGAUGAUUAUUAUUAAUAUUAUUAUUAUUAUUAUAUCUUGGUUUUGGCUGCAAUUUAAUUGAGCGCUUUUCCGUACUUGUUCAUAGCUUUUUUUUUUCCUUUUUUUUUUCUUUUCUUUUCUUUUCUUUUUUAUUUAAACAUAAAACAAAAAUAAUGCUACUUGCUGCCUGUUUAUAACUGUGAGAUUUUUUUGGAAGCCAGAAAUGAAGAAAAGGCAGAAACGUAUGUGCAAUAGAACAAGUUGACCCCCCCCCCCCGUUACCAGAGCGUCCGAGCCCUCUCCCUCUCCCCGCCCUCUCAUGCUCACGGCUGGCUGCUCUGGAUGCCUCACUGUCAACCCUGUAACUGAUAGGAGCUACUGACUCAGACUGUUUAAAACCGCAGGUCGCCAUAGAUACACAUAACCGAGUGGGAAAGAAAAACAAACAAAUUCAAGGCAUGUUUUUUGAAACAGAUAUCAACGUUUAUGACAUGCUCACCACCCUGAAAUUGUAGUAAUAAUUUGCUGAUAUAAACAUGCAUAACGAGACACAGAAGCAUGUUUUUAACCAAACUGAACCCAGAAUUUGCAGGUUUUAACAUAAAACUUCAAUCGUUUUUUUUAUUGCUUUUUAAAACCAGAUAUAAAAUAUGAUUUCUACUGUCAUCAACAAAUGUGUUAAAAGAGGCAGAAACUUUCUUCACUGUUAACCAAAUUUAACCCAGAUUUUGCAGGUUUUAAAAGGACAUUUUCAAUGCAUAAGACAUUGAAGAUGUGCUUUUUAGCACCAAAUAUCAACCGUAAAAUAUCUUUUAAUUAUUUACUGUCAUUAGCAAACAGACUGAUAAGAGAGGCAGGUGUUACUGUACACCAAACUUAACCCAGAUUUUGAUGGUUUUACCAGGAGAUUUUGAAUGCAGCGCGUUCUCUUUGCUUUUUAGAAUCGGAUAUAAGAUGUCACCAGAUUAUUUACUGUCAAUAACAAACAGGAAUUAAAAGAGAAAUACAUUAUUUAUUGUAAACCCAGAUUUUGAAUGCAGAAUCUUUAAAUUUUUAAAACUGAUAUUAACAUAUAAAGGUGCUCCAUUUAGACAUUUCAGCUUCACUGCUCACUGUCCCACUCACUCUAAAUAUGUCAGUAAAUUAUUGACUUACAGGCAUUAAGAGAAGAGGAAGAAUUCUUUACUGUAAACCAAACUUAACCCAGAUUUCAAAGGUUUAAACAGACUUUGAAUGCCGACAUAUUUAUAAUGCAUGCAUUAUACAUCUAUAAUAUAUGUUCUCUCCUUAAACAUUUCAGUUUGACUUGUUUACACUUUUCCAUAGACUGUAAACAUGUCAGUUUAUUAUUUAUUGUCAUCGUACAUUGAGAGAGGCAGAUGAAUUAUUUAUUGUGAAUCAUACUUAUUUCAAAUUUUGCAGGUUUUUACAGGAGAGUUUGAAUUUUCUAUUUGUAGAUAUCAAUAUCUAUUAUAUGUGCUGUCUACCUAUACAUUUCAGCCCGUUUACAACAAACAGGCAACAAAAGCGUCCUUUUAUUUUAAACCAAACUUCACCCAAAAUUUGCAGGUUUUACCAGGAGAGUUUGAAUACAGUCACAAGACAUACAUCUAUAAUAUAUGAUCUCUGUACUCAAGCAUUUCAGCUUGACUUGUUUACACUUUUAACAUAUCAAUUAGUUAUUUACUGCCAUCUAAAGAUAUGCAUUGAGAGGCAGAAGCAUUCUUUCUGCAAACCAUACUUAAUUCAAAUUUUGCAGGUUUUUACAGCCGGUCCUGAGCACUGUUACAAGACUUAUAUUUUCACACUAAAAUCCAUGUUUGCUGAUAUUUUGGUGACUCUAAAUUAAAAACCUGCUGUGCAAGAAGGUUUUGGAGAAUGAAUAACUUUCUCUUGUGAUUCAAACUGUGUUCAGAUCGCUGACACUAACACACUCCGUUGAAACCUCGACUAUGUGGGUCAGCAGUUUACUCAAGGUCAGUGUGACACAGUUUACAGGCACACUGGGGAAACUAUUGAAUAAUUCAAUGGAAAAAAAUGUGCAAAUAUAUUAAAAUUUUAAAGCAGAUAGUGGGGAAAUUACAUCAGCUCAAUAUUUCAAGUGUUUAAUGUGUAUCUAUGGUUGGCUUUAUUCCUGUUUACCUUGUUGCUGAUAGCAGGCACUGCAUUGGACGUUGGAAACGGCAUGUUUUGAUCCGUGUAUCUCGACAUAUCUCGACGUUAAGCCCUUCGGCCCGGAGCCAGCUUCUGUUGCCGUUGCAACAAAUGGGUUAAAGGGUUAUUUUCCUUUAAAGGACAAACCGCAGUGGGGAAGUUGGGGGAGAAACGGCUCCAAUUACCAGUUACUCCACAAGUUAAACCUGGGUCUAUGCACAGACUGUGUGUGUGUGUGUGUGUGUGUGUGUGUGUGUGUGGACAUACUGUUACAAGUGUGUGUGAGAGAGAAGUCAAAUGUUAAACUGUACGCCAGUCAAUGAAAAAAAAAAAAAAGGUUUUGCAGACUGUUCACGUUUGGUAUGUUAAUUUAUAUUUCCUUUUUAUUUGGGCUUGUCUUGAGGUUCUCCGGGGGGAAAGUUGUUGUCACGAAAAAGGUUUUCAAGCUGUUUUAAUUAAAAAAAGAAAGAAAAAAGAAACAGAAUUAUGGAUGAAAUUGAGCCGUCGACACAAACAACACAGCUGUAAACUUUCCUCAUUUCAUCCAGUCUGUUAAGGGAAUUUUAAGGGGACAAAAUGUUUAUUUAGCUAAAGAUUAGAAGAAUAUAUAUGAAUGAAAUUCUAUGUUUGCAUACUUUCUAUGCUAUUUUCAUAUACGGGGUUCACACUAAUGAUGAUAAACGGAAAGGAAUCUCAAGUGCUUUUUACUACAGUGUAACUUAUUUGUUUCGAUUUGAUUUUUACCACCUGUGUUUUUAGUAAUGAUUUACGAAGCACUGUAUAUUAAAGUUUUAAAGUAUUCAUGAA